CUCUCUCUCUCAUCGGUUCACCUUUGGCUCACGGACGGAACAAAGAGCGAGAGGAGAGAGAGUGUUUCACACAAGCUCAACUCGAGAAGAAGUGAAAUGAAACCGGGCAGGACAAUACUGGAGCGCCGUGGGAAGCUCAGCCACUCUCCGUGAUUCGGGAUCUCCCUUCGGGAUAAAGGAUGAGGGGAUUGGACUUCUCUCCGAGCUUCCAGGGACGUGUGUACGCCUGGGAAAGAGCAUCCCGCUCAGCAUGUCCGAUGCUAUGCUCCUCCUGAUGCUGUGCAAGAUUGGUGUGAGAGGAAAACUGCAGACUUCUCCAAGGAAAAUGGUAAACACUGCUCUAAGUGAUGAGGAAAAGGGAAUUCAAGACAAGGAAAGCAAGGAAGAAUCCAUUCUGGCCAUGCUGGGAAUCAUCGGGACUAUCCUCAACCUAGUUGUCAUCAUCUUCGUGUACAUCUACACAACACUGUAAGAUCCAGAACACACACAGUCCCUUUCCCUCGGG